CGGUCUCGCCUCGUCUUCUCGAGCGACGAGGCCACUCACCGGCUGCUGGCGAUCGGCGAGCGACUCCCGGAGGCGAUGGCGAAAGUACACCCCAGCGCCGCAGCCGCAGCAGCAGCAGCAGCAGCGUGUACCGGGGGCGGGGGGGUGAGGCCCGCCGCGGUGCUGACCGUGUGGCGGAGGUCGCUCCUCUUCAACGGGAACGGGUUCGCGGUGUUCGAUGCGAAGGGGAACUUGGUGUUCCGGGUCGACAACUACGCCUCGGGUAGCAAGGCGGAGGUCCUCCUCAUGGACGCCGCCGGCAAACCGCUCCUUACCAUUCGGAGAAAGAAACUGAGCCUAAAAGACCAGUGGCUGAUCUACGAGGGAGAGGAGGCAGCUAAUCCACGGUUCGCGGCCAAGAGGCAUGUGAGCCUCCUCCACCACGGGGCACUGGCACAUGUCACUCCAUGUGUCUCAGGAGCCAAGCCUUGCCAUGCCUACGAGAUCCAAGGCUCCUACUUGCAGCGGUGCUGUGCCGUCGUCGAUGAUAAGAGGCGGCAAUUGAUGGAGAUCAAGAGGAAGGAGCCUGCCAAAGGCAUCACCUUUGGCCUCGACGUCUUCCGCCUGAUCGUGCAGCCAGGCUUUGACACCUCAUUCGCAAUGGCUAUUGUGAUGCUUCUGGAGCAGAUGUUUGGAUCCCCAUCAUAACUUUGAUCCUUCAAACUAGUGUUCGAUAUGUUUGCAAGUGUGAACGAAGGAGGCGAAGGGCUAAAGAUUAAUGAUGCUUCCAUUGGAUGGAUGAUGCUAUGGGACACAAGUGUUUCGAAAUUUUGAUGCCUAAACAUAAUAAUAGAAAGCUUGUUUGGGGAUUUAUUUCUAGGUCGGUUGUUGUCAGCUAGAUUCCAAUUUGUUCCAUAAUAAUAAUAAUUGAGGAAGCUAAUUAUAAUGACUACAGACCAGGUAAUUUCUGCUGUAAAAGGAAGCAGAUAUAGUCAUUGAAUGUGAUUCAAGAGGGAGGUUGUCUCUAGAAUACAAACAAUGUCACUCAAGACCAUCUUAUUGUAUGAGUUUGAUACUUGUGAAGUCCCCUAAAUAUACUUGGGAAGCAAUACAGGCUGCUAAUUAGGUCUGAAAUUGGUAUGUCCCAGAGUCUACUCCUAAGGAACUUAGUUCUACUUUCUACUCUAAUAUAUCUGGGGCUCAUUGUGUGGCAUAUGAUUUUUGUUAACUACAGGCAGGCUAUUUGAGAUUCA